AUGGAGUAUGAUGUUUAUGUUCAGCAUACAUCUAAUAGCAAUAUGAUUCUGGUGUGUCUUUAUGUUGAUGACAUAUUGCUAACAGAGAACUUUUCAGAUGAGAUAGUCAAGUUCAAGAAGCUGAAGUAUGAACUUGAGCUUCUGAAGAGAUUUGAGCUAAUAAAUUGCAAGUCUGCAAUCACGCCCGCUGAAACAAAUCACAAGUUGGAUUCUGAUGUUGAGGGUGAUUGUGUAGAUGCUACAAUUUUCAAACAGUUGGUGGACUCACUAAGAUAUCUCUGUAAUACUAGACCUGACAUCUACUAUGCAGUUGGAAUGUAUCUAGGAGGUCCCAUUUCUUGGUGCUCCAAGAAGCAACAAGUGGUUGCAUUGUCAACAUGUGAAACUGAGUACAUUGCAUGUGUUUUGUCUGCUUGUCAAGCUGUUUGGAUUAUGAACUUGUUGCUGGAUCUGAAAAUCAAGUUAGUUACAAUUUUCUCCCUUUUUUCUCUUCCAUCAGCUUCUUCAUCUUCGGUUUAUGUUGUUGAUAAUAAUAUAUUACACUAUUGCUAG